AUGAAGCGGCUCCAAGAAGAAGCGCGCGGCCACCUCCUCGCGGGGACCGCCUCCCGCCACGACGCUGCGGACGCGGAGGCGCCGGCGCCGAUCACCAAGGGAUGCGCGACGUUCUGGGUGGGCGCGGAGGAGGAGGGCGAGUCGCGGCGGCGGUUCGCGGUGCCGGUGGCGCUGCUCGGGCACCCCCUGAUCCUGGAGCUGCUCGGGGAGGCGCGGGACAAGUACGGGUACGCGCACGAUGGCGCCAUCGUCGUCCCCUGCGGCAUCGAGCGGUUCCAGAAGGCGGUCGACGCGGCGAGGGCCCAAGAACGGCACCGUCACCACCACCAUCAUCACUUCAGUCUUCCUCACCUUGCCGGGUGCUUUAGGCCCUCGCACGCUGUUGCUUAG